AUGGAAUGUUUGCUGGCAGCUUGGCAUACUGCAUUGGUUGUGCUGUCAUCGUCUCCUAUGAGUACACCCACUUCUACAUUUUGGGCCCUAAUGGUCAGCAAAGAGGAGGCACCGAGAGCGGGGCGAAGGAGGGAGGAGCCAGAUUGGGUCAAGGAAAUCACGAGGGAACUGAGGGAGAUCGGGCGCGAAAUUAAGGAGGAAAUAGGACGAAUGGAAAUGAAAAUCAAAGAGGAACUGAGGGAACUAAGAACCCAGCUGGAAGGGAUGGAGAAGAAGAUGACGGAGGAAAAGAAACGAGGGGAAGAAGGGUGGAGCAAAGGGUGGGGAAGAGACUGGAGUGAAGGAUCGACGGACACGGGGGUAAGGAACACUGAAGGGACAGAUAAUAGUUGUGAGGACAAGAAGAGUCAGGGGGCCAGGCAAAAGAUCCAAGGAACGACGAGGGCUGUAGAGAAAAAAGGUGACGGAGGAAGAGAUAAGAUCGAGAAGGACUGGAGAAGACCGCUGAAAAGCGACAGAAGGAAGGAACAAGAAGAGGAGAGGAAUACGAAUAGGCUGAGACGAAUGAGGAAAAAGAAUCUGAUCUGGAGGAAAGUAGUAGGAGGACCAAAAGAAAGAAAGGAGAUGCUGGAAACAAUAAUGGAAGAGGUAACAAGAAGAAUGAUCCCAAUAAGAAAAGUGUUGGAGGUGAUUGGCGCGGACGGAAAGAUCAUAAUGUUUAUGGAAUUGGAUGAAGAGGAGGAUAAGGAAGAGGUGAUAGAAAAAUGUGACGAGAUAUGGAGAAGGUGGAAGAUAGGAGUCGACGAGGAACUAACAUUUGAGGAAAGAGCCUACAGACAUAAAUUGGUGGAGAAGGCAAGAGAGGAAAGAAUGAAGGGUAGUUCCGUAGUAUUAACAAAUAGAAGAAUGUGGAUAAACGGAAGGGAGGUGAAAUAG